AAAGUCCACCCAAAAUGGCGACGGCGACGAAUAAAGAGUCGGAAGAAAAGCGAGAAAAAAACGGGGAAAACUUCAUCUGUCGGCUAUGUUUAAAGCACAAAGAGCAACGGCGAGUUCCCGUAAACGAAAGUUUAAGAUGCAUUAUCAAAUCGUGUCUUCCGGGAAUCCUUUUGGACAUUACAGAAGAACCUCCAGCAAUUUGUAUGACAUGCAACAGCCAUCUGCAGCUUUUUAUUAAAUUUCAAAAGUAUUGCUGGGAAAAACAAAAGAGGUUACUGAUGUUUUGGUCGACACAAAAUGAUGAUUCGCUUAAAGUCAAUGUGAAUAAAUUUAGAGGAAGGGCAACAAUGUCAACAAGUGAAUUCGAGGAGGGUAGGAAAAAGCUGUAUUUUCUGCAAAAUGGUGCGUAUGUGCCUUUUGGGUCGGUGGUAAAACAAAAAUUUCCGGAUAUAGUGAAGGCGUCAACCUGCGUGCCCACGUUGGUGCACAACCCAAAUGGUGACGGCAAGUUGAUACCGAGUGUUUACUGCGACAACUUGCCGGAAUUUUUGGUGGCUAUAGCGCCGAUGAAAGGGAAUGCUCUCGGGGAAAAACCUGCGGACGAAACCAGCCAACUCAAAAAGAGACAGGAACUGUUCGGGAAACAAGUGCAGGAGAUCGUGGGUAAAAUAAACAAUAUCUCCAAAGUUAUGACUGGCGAGAAAGAACAGGUGGUGAUGAAGAAAAAACCUGGACCCAAAAGGAGAGAGGAGGGAUCAUCUCAUGAUGAGUUGGAGGUUGAGAAACAAGUCGAGAACAUGGUUGGAAUGAUAAGGAAUUCCACGAAAAAUAUUACCCAUGAGAAAGAACUAGUAGCAAGGAGACAACUUGGUGGGAAAAAUUCGAAAAAAAAAAUUAAUAUGGAAACCACAGCAACCGAUGUAAAUGAAAAACGAGCAAACGAAAAUAUAACAAUCGUCGAUAUAUUACAGGAUUCUUUGGAAAAAAACAUCGAAAAAUUUAGCGUGGAAUCAAAUGGUACACAAAACAAAAAUUUGCAUUUGAUGAAAGUCUUAUCCAAAACAAUUGCAGAAACUACUUCAAACCCUAUAGAAAUCUAUGACGGAGAUUUAAUAUCUUCUGAAGACGAAACGUGUGAUAAUCAAAUAUAUACAGAAAACCCGGAUUAUAUUUUGAAAACUGUACCAAAAUUGAAGGAAAAGUCCAAAGUUUCGGUAGCUUUAACGAAAAAUAAUGAGGAGGAAAUAUCAACGGUAGAAGCAACGGAAUCUACUGACCAGCCUGAAACGUUAAGUGAGGAUGCAAAUGCGAAUGAUACGAUGGACAUGGCAUGCACUGAAAGUUUUGAUGAUAUGGGUGACAGUUCUGAAGAUGAUGCGGAAAUUCCAGAUUUAGAUCUGGAUUUGAAUACGUUGGAAACAAGAAGCGUAGAUGAUUUGAUAAAUAGUAUUCCGGAAAUAACUGAUUCCACAGAUAUGCCAGAUUACAUACUGGUGAACAAAUUUGGCUAUGACGAUCUGAACACGAUUAAAAAGCAAAUGGUGACGACCGAGCAAAACCAAAUCCAGAAAAAAAUAAACGAGAUACAAAAAAUUGACGAAAGAGAUCAGAUGAUUGAAAAACAAAUCGAUGAGAUCAUACAAAAGAACGAAACCAUGACGAAAAUUGAUUACAAAGAUAGAAAGAUCGAAUCGAUUGAAAAGCAAAUCGAUGAGAUCAUACAAAAGAACGAAACCAUGACGAAAAUUGAUUACAAGGACAUGAAAAUCAACUCGAAAAACACGCAAAAUUACAUCAUGUUCGACGAUAAAACUCCUGAAGAAACCGAAGUCGAAACACCUGCCAGAAAGAUAAGGGCCCCGACGUACGUGGAACCCUCUGACGGAGUUUUGGCCAAAAGCUAUAUGGUAGUGGACAAAACUGGAAAACCGAACCAAUGCGGAACGCCAAAGUACCAACGUGUAAGUAAAGGUCCUACUUGUGGCACACCACUUCCCUCCACUCUGGUCGAGAAAAACAAGAAGGGGUUGCAAUUUUUGACCGAGUUGCAGCAAAAAGAAAAGGAACAUCAAAUGCUACAAGCGCUUGUAGGCGCGGGCACCAGCACUCAGAAUGCUGCGCAGACGAAUACUGCGCAAGACGACCAAUCGAAACUCAAACUUUUACUAUUGCAGGCCAAAUCGAAGAACGACGAAGUCGUUAGAAAAUUUAUCGCUAGAGAGAAAAAGAAAUGCAAAGAAUCCUUUCCACCGUUGAAAAUGCACAAAUACGAUAAAGUCGGUAACUACGUUGAAGAUCACGACUACCUCUACACUCCGUUCGAGAUAAAUCACAUGGUGUACGGAUAUAAAAGCGAAAAAGUGUUUUGCACCAUCUGUCGGUCGUUUCACGAUUUAAAAUCUCACGGAGGUCACAUGCAGAUGCACCUCAGUGCUAGAAUGGAGUGCACCUUGCACCCGCGCACCGUCAAGUUCGACAACAUCUACGAGUACAACGAGCAUAUGAUGACGCACGAACGUCCCUGCUCCAUUUGCUUUAAGAAAGUUUCUGGCAACUUUAGAGAACACGCGAUGCAACAUUCAAACUUGUCGUUCGUGACCAGUUUAAAAGCGAAUAACGACGACGGCGAAAUUUCGAACGCUAUAGACAGAUUCUGCCGGCGAUGUCAAUGUAAAGUGCGAUGCACAGACGAGGAAUUUGCGAUGCACGCCUCAAAAUGUUUCCCCCUGCCCUGGAAAGAUGCCGUACCUAAAAAUUAUACGAAAUCGAAUGUUCCUUCGAUGGUAAAAAUAAGAAAUAAAAUUAAAAGGAAGCUUGACGAAGCGCCAACGAUAAACCAGUCAAAACAAGCCAAAACAAGUCAGGAGUGCCCUGAUGUUUCGGAUAGCCCUGAAAAUCAAAUAUUCGUGGAUGAUGUUUUCAAUCAAGAUAAUACUGAGAUGCCUUUUUUGAUAACCAACAUAUGCACGGUAAAAGAGGAGGACGAUUCUUUGAACUCUCCUUUAGAGGUGUGUACAGUUGAUGAAGUUCACUUAAAAAAUGAUGAAGAGUUUCCCGGACCUUCAACAGUAAAGACGAUACGUUUAGCGGAAGUCGAUAAAAUAGAUUGCUUGGAUUACACUGAUCAGAAUGAGAAAAACAUGAACCACUUUUCGGAAUUUUUAUCGAACAAUGACGAUUACGAUUCUUCAUCAGAGACCUCUGACGGCGGCUUUAAGAAUAUUGAUUCUGAGGUAGUUUGGAGGUAUUUGUUGGACAUUUUUGAGGGUACCUCAGGAAAGAAUUUAUUGACCCCUUAUUCCGAACCCACUAAGACUAUAUCCAAUACUUUCACCAAAUCAAUUUGGGAUGACAUCACCUAUUUACUAAAACAAAAGUACAAGGUGCAAGUAGAUAAUUACAUGCAAAUUGAAAAGCUCUUGCACAGUAAAAAUCGCCUACUAAAAAGGUUGAUAAGAACUUUCCGAGAGGAAAUUUUCGAUGCGGAAGCCUCUUUCAAAACCAACAAAAAAAACCUGUUGCAAUUUUUGGAUGCCAGUGAUAAAAGACUUUUUUAUUUACUAAAAUUGGAACCCCGCGUUGUAAUUAACGAAUUCAUGAGAAGCCAUGAGAAAAAAAUUAAGAAUCUUGAAAUAAUUAAUACGUAGUUUUAAGUUAAGUUAAGUUAAGUAAAAAUAGUUCAAUAUUCUUAGGUAAAUUGCAAGCCCAAAAAGUCCUCUAAUUUUAAUCUUAUAUUGUAUUUCCAAAAGACUGUGUUUUUAGUGUUAACAGUAUAAAUAAAUUUAUA